AUGGCAGACGAGAAGAACAAAAUAGUUUGGAACGAGAAGGCGAAGAGAUUCGAGACGGAGGACAAGGAAGCCUACCUCUCGUACGAGCUCCGGCGAGAUAUCAACGGCGACGGCGGCCAAACGGCGAUGGACAUAACCCACACGUACGUGCCGCCGAGCAAGAGGGGCUUAGGCCUCGCCGCCGACCUCUGCUCCGCCGCCUUCUCGCACGCUCAGAGCCACUCGUUGUCCGUCAUUCCCACCUGCUCUUACGUCUCCGAUACAUUUCUUCAUAAAAACCCUAAUUGGAAUUCAGUUUUGUACAAAGGAGAUGUCAAGUCCAGCAUGUGA